AAGAAAAUGAUAUUAAUUACACUUUUACUACAAGAAACGUAAAAAAUAAAGGAGAAGAAUUAUAAUAAAAAAUUGAAUUUUUAAAAAAUAAUAUAAUUAAUGAUUUAGAAAGUUUAAUUUUUAAAUUGGAAAAAAGCUUAGAUAAAAAUAAUGUUUUUUAAGAAAAAAAUUUCGAGUUUAAUACAUAUACCCCUUAUUUUUAAAGUAUUUAAUCUAUAUAGAAUAUAAACAAAAAAGGGAAAAUAAUAGACAAAGAAAAUAUUUUUUAAGGAGAAAAAGUUUUAAAAUAAUAAAAUUAACAAAUUAAAUGCAAAAAAAACGAAAAUUCGAACGCACUGGGAUAUAAAAAGAAAAAUUUGAGCCUUAAUAUAGAGUAAA